AAAGAAAAGGCACCAUAAAGAAAAGAAAGCUUGACUCAUCUUCAUUUGUACUCUUUACCGCCUCCUCUUUCCCGGCUCCAAAGCAAGGGGACUCUCAAUGACCAAGGACAAAGCCAGGAUAAAGGAAAUUCUCCAGAGCCAGACCCAUAGUCCACCCCAGAGGCAGCCACUCCCCUGCUAAUGACUUUACGAGUCCCAACUGAUUUCGACGUCUCACUUCCUCGAGAUCCUGAACCUCAGAACCAACAUUUAGGAGCCGCUUAGGAGGCAAGCAGGGCGGAGGGCAUCCUCUCCACGCCGCGCGGGGCAGCGGUCUCGCCUCCAGGUCCCGAGCCCUCCAGAGGGGACGCGGAAGCGGAAGCGCCAGCGCGGGGACAAGGGCGGGAGGCCUUUUGUAGCCUAGCAUCUAGGAAACGAAACCAAAUCAGGUUUCGACACUGAGGUCGCUGGGGAACCUAACUGGUUACUUCAGGGAAGGUUGUGUAACAGGCGCAUUUGACCGCCCGCCGAGGGCCAGAGGAAGCAGACCAUCAGAUCAGCGCUUGGGUUCCCAGAGCUGGUCUCCCCUCAGGGGGACGCGGGUGCCCCAGCGGCUACAGAACUGUUUAAACCAUGGACAACCAAAAUGCGCAAAUGAAGGCUCCUUAUCCGGGAACACACUCACCAGCUCAGAAUCCCCCUGAAUAUCCUUCAGCAGGAUUCUCAGGACCUCCAGGAUAUACUGGCCACCCUGCCCCUCAGGCUGGCUACCCCAUCCCACCAGCUGGCUACCCUGCCCCCCAGGCUAGCUAUCCAGGUGUUGGUCCAGUGGGCUUUCCUGGCCAACACCAGCCAGUGUCUCAUCAGUCAGGUGCCCCUGUAGGAAUACCAUGGAUGCCGGCACCACCACCUCCAGCAAACUGUCCACCUGGAUUGGAGUAUUUAACUCAGAUAGAUCAACUAUUGAUUCAUCAGCAAAUUGAACUUCUGGAAGUCUUAACAGGCUUUGAAACUAAUAACAAAUAUGAAAUCAAGAACAGCCUUGGACAGAGGAUUUACUUUGCAGCAGAGGAUACUGAUUGCUGUACUAGAAACUGCUGUGGGCCUUCUAGGCCUUUCACCAUGAGAAUUCUUGAUAAUAUGGGCCGAGAAGUCAUAACUCUGGAGAGACCACUAAGAUGUACCAGCUGUUGUUUCCCCUGCUGCCUGCAAGAGAUAGAAAUCCAAGCUCCUCCUGGCACACCAGUAGGUUAUGUUACUCAAACCUGGCACCCAUGCUUGCCAAGGUUUACAGUUCAAAAUGAGAGGCGAGAAGAUGUACUAAAAAUUACUGGUCCAUGUGUUGUCUGCAGCUGUUGUGCAGAUAUUGAUUUUGAGAUUAAAUCUCUUGAUGAUAAAUACGUGGUUGGCAAGAUUUCCAAGCAGUGGUCUGGCUUAGUGAGAGAGAUGUUUACAGAUGUUGAUAACUUUGGCAUCCAGUUCCCUUUAGACCUUGAUGUGAAAAUGAAAGCUGUGAUGCUUGGUGCAUGUUUCCUCAUUGACUUCAUGUUUUUUGAAAUGACCAGAGGUGAACAGAGAUCAGGAGUGUGGUAGUGCAUUAAAUGAAAGUCUCAGAAAACCUUAAGUUUAUAUAUUGAUUGGGAAUACAUAAAAGAAAGACCCUGGAUUCUUUUCUUUAUUGAAAUGAGUUAUCAUAGCAUGUGUGAAUUACACUGUCAUGCCUGAAGCUCCAGGUAUAUGAUUUUACUUUUCAAAUUAAAUAAUCUUCUAUAUCACUUACUUAUGUUUUUAUACAUUUUCUUUUAUACAUUUAAUUGUAUACUUUUUUCAUUGUGUAUUUCAGAGAAAAAAUAUAGAUGUUUUUACAUUUAAAUGUAACUUCCUGUGAUGAAUUGCUGUGAGCUACAUACAGUCUCUAUUUUCAAUUUCUAUAGCAAAAUUAAAGCCUUUUAAAGUAAAUUUAAUAUAAAUUUAUGCACUAUUUUAUUAGAUCUAGUUCAUUUCAUAUGUAACAACAAAUGCUAUUGUGCAAGUACUGUAUAUUCAAAACCGUUCAAAACAAACAUAAUUUCUUUCCAAUUAUGUUCUUUAUAGUUAUGUUCAAAUGAUACUCAGUAUUCAUAUUAUCAAGGAAAAGUAAAAUGUACUUGUUUUUUGUUUGGAAAAUCACACUAUAUUUAACUUCACCUAUAAGCUAAACUGCGAGCAUAAAUAACAUUAUGAUACUGACAAAACUACAAAUUAAUAAUUUUCAUGAUUUUUCAUGAAAAAAGGAUGAUUCUAUCCCAAAGAAGGAAACUUUUAAAGACUCCCUGUAAAACUAGAUAUUGUUAUAAUUUUUGAAGUAAUUAUUUACACAUGGAAUGGCUGACUACUGUAUUUUAUCAUUCAUGGAGUAUGAUAGUUAUCAAAUUACUCAGGUGUUAGUUAAAUAGAAUAUAUAUAUUCUGUCUCAGAAUAAAUGUCUACAAUGCUCUAAUAGAUUAUUUUUAACAACAAUCAAAU